UAUUGAUAUUGCACCAUGUCAGACACAUAGGUCACGAACGUUGUGCGUUGUGUACCAUCGAAAUGUCUUCGACAACAAGUUCUCCUUCCGCCGCCGGCUCACCCUCGAGCGUAACUUCGAAUAUAUUGACGCCAACGCGAAAAGUUCGGGCCUUGCUGGCCCAAUUCGAUGAUUCAGAAUCUGAUACCGCUACUCCCACCCAUGGUCAACAACUUCGGCAGGUUUCUACUCCUCAUGAUGCCCCUGGAGCGGACAAGGACAAGCUGGAAAAUGGCUUGGACGAUUCGGAUGAUGAUGACAUCUCAGCACCACGGCGAUCGCUGGUUACGAGCGACAUAAACUCUGAUCCAAAUGGUCAUCCUCAGAACGGUCAUGAGCGUGCUAGCCCCCGACCUAUCAUCAGCCCAGAUCUUGACCAGCAAGACGGGGAUUUAGACGACUCGGAAGAGGAUGAGAUCUUUGCGAGCCGGCGCCCUCCCAACACGAACCCGACAGGCACACCUGUGCCACGAUCUCCUUCUCCUCUAUUCUUUCCAUCUCCCAAAGAGCAAAAGUCGAAAUUCCUAGCCCUCGUCGAGAAGCACAGAAAGCAACGGCUUGAAAAAGAGGCAGAAGAAGCUGCCAAGCAAGCGGCCCGUGCUGAAAGCCUGAAGUCUCAGGAAGCAAAACAACAUAGAAUCCGUGGUUCAAGCCCCGCAGAUGAUACGGAUGAAGAGAGCGAUGUCUCUGAGGGAGCUGGAGGAAAGAAGCUGUCGCAGCAUGUACGCCCGACACGGAAGGCUAGCAAGAAGGCCAUCGAAGAGAUGAAUCGCGAGACACAGAGGAUCAGUCGGAAUAUGCAACUUGCACAUCAAGCGCGGACGAAAAAGAAAAUAACCAAGGACAGCUUGUUGUCUCGGUUCAACUUCUCGGUCGCCAAACUCGCACUUGAGCAAGACACAGAGCACUGUCCUUCCAGCAGCUCCAGAGCCGCAUCAGACAAUGAAGCUGACAAUAUUCACGAGACACCUCCUACGAGCCCGGUCUUAGAAGGAACUGUCGACCAUCAAAAAGACAUCGCCGUUGAAGAACCAAAGAAAGGCAAAGAAAGGGCAGCCUCUGUCGAAGCCAUGAAGCAAGAAGUGCACAUCCGUCCAUCGACAGUGCUUAGCGCCGGUACAAUGGAUGAGCAGUCACUGAAACCUACUGUCAAGCCAUUGAAGUCAAUUCGCUCCAAGAUCCCAUUGGCUGCAACGACUGCAUCGGACAGUGACGACUCUGAAUCUGAUCUCGAAGUGGUCAUGACACGUGGCGCUAUGCGCAAGUAUGCAGCGUUCGAGCAUUUGCCCUCGCGGAAAGCCAAGGAGGCUCCGUCGCACUUGGCAUUACGUUCCCUUGCAAAUCUGGUAGGUGACGAUCUCAAGCAUUCCAUGAACGCCGCCGAAAUGGAAGCGUCAUUGCGAAGGGCAGCUCGAAUGCAGGCACGCCAAGAGAGAAACCAGAGAAUUGAAGAAUUAAAGGCCAAAGGAGUUAUGGUGCAGACAGCAGAGGAGAGAGAGCGCGAACAACAGGAGGUGGAAGACCUUUUGGAGCGAGCGCGACAAGAAGCUGUCGAGAUUCAGAAACGCGAAAAGGCUCUCGCUAAAAAGGACGGUACCUACAGCAAGGAUAACUUGGAUGAUGAAGACGAAAGUGACGAUGAAGAUUUUGUUGAAGACGAGGACGGUGACCUGGAAGUGGAUUCUGGAGAGGAAGAUGGGAGUGAUCGGGAGCAUGAUGAUGACGAUGAGGAAGGGGAGGAGGGGACAGAGGAUGGUGAAGACCAAGAAGACAUGCAGGGCGAUCUCUUCGACAAUCAAGCUGAAGAACAGGAGUCCGCGGAAUCUUCGUCCUCAGAUGCUGAUGCCGUCGAAGAAGACGGGCAUGUCGAUGCUGGAGUCGAAGAAGGCAGGUUGCAAACUGAUCUCAGGCCACGCAGAGGCCGGACUACUCGCAUAGUCAGCGACGACGAAGAUGAAGACGUCCUACCUGCCACGCUGCGAUCUCCACAGCUUCCCGCACCUGCAAAGACACCCUCAUCGAUAUCUCGUUCAGCGAGAAAGCAGAUUCCUGGUUUGCAGAUGUCUGAUGAUCUUCCGAUCGGGCUUACACAGGCGUUUGCCGCUACAAUGGCAGAUUCGCAAAGUCAGGCCAAGGUGAACACACAAGAACAAGACAGUCUUACCAUGACCGCGGAUCUGCCAUCGCCUAACAUCGAAAUGGUGCCGAGACUUUACCGUCUAGAUUCGGUGGAUAUGAUCACCGACAGUCAGCCUGCUUCUCAGACACAACCACUAGAUAUCAGCCUGUCAUUUUCCGGGUCUCAGGCAGUCACACAAUCCCCCGUGCAUCAUUCAGCUCUUCAUGGUGUGGACUUUACUCCUUCACAAGCGCAUUUCGAACCAACGCAGGACGCGGGAUACGAACUGAGUCCGUUCCUGGGGAAUCGCUUUGCUAGUGACACGCCUCAACAGCGAGCACCGCACUCUACGGUAGAUACCGUCAUUUUCCCAAAUGACGUGCAAAAUAGCCCCAUUAUGCAAAGAAAGGCGAGGCUCAUGCGUGGGCGCGUGAAUGUCGAGGAGUCAGACGAGGAGUUGACCGAGCCGAAGGACCCAUCAGCGUUUGAUAUCAUGCAAAGAGCUGCCAAGCAGAGGUCUCGUGAAGUCUUCGACAAGGCUAAGUCGCGAGCACGAGAGGCCGUUGACGAAGCGGCAGAAGAAUCUGAAGAUGAAUAUGCUGGCCUCGGAGGAGCCAGUGACGAUGAGGUGAACGAGGAAGAAAAUGAAGAUGACCGCAGAAUGAUUGAUGAAGAUACGGAGGUCGGCGUCGGCGAAGCAGCCAAAUUGGCGAAGCUCUUUGCAGAUCGUGAACGUCAGCAAGACGAAGCAGCCGUUUCCAAGUUGAUGAAAGACAUCACUACGGGUGCACUGCGGCGGAAGCGUGGCAACGACGACCUUGACCUCUCGGACGAAGAAGACGCCGUCGUCAGAAGAAGAGAGGCCAAAAGGAGAGAGUUUGCCAAAAUGCGGCGAGAACUACUAAAAGACGAGGCUGUCGGCAAGAUUGCGGAAGACAAGAAGAAAGAAGCAUUUCUACGAAGCAUUGAGGACCGGCCAGACAGCGAUGACGGCGAGGAUGACUUGGUGCCGUUGGAGACUCCGGGCGAGGGUGAUUCUCAGAUGAAGGACAGUCAGGACUCACAGCAGAACGAUGACAGUGAGGCGAAGGAACGGAUGACUCAGCUCUCAGGGAUGGGCGGUGCCCGGCCCCUUGCAACCACGGCGGUAUCAAAGCUGAAUCAGGCGGGGCGAUCAAGUCGUUCCACCCAUGCUCUUCACAACAGAAGGCCAGGCACUCUUGCCGAGAUUCGAGAAUCUGUGUCAUUUCUCAUCGAGGAGCCCGAUUCGCAAGCAGGGACGAUCGAUCUUGGCCUUUCGGAUUCGGAGGAUGAGCCCGAGGCAUACGUGGAUCUCGAUCGACAUCUGCACGCCGCCACAGCGGAUGAGAAUGCCGAGGAAGCGGACGAUCUUGGUGAUUUUAUAGUGGACGAUGAUGGGCAUGGCAAUGCCGAGGGAGCAUUCAAGAAGCCCGCUUUACCUGGCAGCGAAAGUCGAGCGCCGUUCUCGGAACGGCGGACCAAGGAGCGGACCGACGUUGUCAACCGCUUGAGCAUGCUACGUCAAGCAUCGUCAUCUUCCGGAUCGAGCAGUACCAGAAUGGCAUUCUUCAGUGCAAGCAGCUCAGUUACCGGCUCAUUCAACAAGGUUCCCAGUCUGCUGCGCCGCGCCACAACCAACUCGAGUUUGGGGAGCAUGGCUGGCCGAGACGAGAACGUGUCUGCGACCGGGGUGGUGACGAACAAGACGGAGCGAGGCCGAGCCAGCGAUGAGAAGGAGUUUGUCAGGAAAGGCUCUGGGGGUCGACGAAACGCCGUCAACUACAGACCGACGAUGCGCGAGGAGAAGAUGAGCCAGCGGGCGGGGAUUGCAAAGAAGAAGGCGGCCAAAGCCAAAAAGAGCGGAUUCUUGGGGGGUCUUUUCGGAGGAAACAGUUGGACCUGAGAGCCGCGACACGACUCUUGGUCGACAAUGGAGAUUUCAGUGC